UUGAUGGUCUUUAAAGAACGCCCCUCCCUCACCAAUCAUUUUAGCAAGCUUACCUUCUUUCCACAAUUAAUAAUCUCACACCCAAAAUUAUUGCUAAAUUUUCUCUUUUUAUUUCUAAGUGACCAAAAACGCCUUUUAAUAUUUAAUUUUUCGUCAUUUGCUUUAGUAAAUUCAUUUUUUUCAAUUUUUUCUUCUCCUUUUAUUGCUCGUGCCUUCUCUUUUUGUCUAAAAUUAGAUCUUUAA